AUAUAUAUCUCUAGCUACAAACAAAACUUGUAUACUCCCAACUCAAGCAUGAGACCUAAAACACAGAGUUCACUUAGCCUAAAGCUUCUUCUCAUGUGUGUUUUCAUAGCUUUUUUACUCCUAUUUGUGCUGAGAUCAAGAUUAACAUCUUCCAGUGAAACUACAACAUCAUUGACAUCCUCAUCUUCUUCUAGAGACAAGAAAACAAGAACUUGCUCAUCACCACAAUGUAAUAAAAUCCCAUCUUCAAUAGCCAAAUCCCUCAUUCACUACACGACCUCAACUAUCACCCCUCAACAAACACUCAAAGAGAUAUCAGUAACAUCCAAGAUUUUAGACAAGAAAUCUCCUUGCAAUUUCCUCGUCUUUGGUCUUGGCCAUGACAGCCUAAUGUGGCACACACUCAACUUUGGAGGGCGAACCAUCUUCCUCGAAGAAGAUGAAACUUGGAUAGAGCAAAUCAAGAAGAGAUUUCCCAUGUUAGAGUCUUAUCAUGUUACAUAUGACAGUAAAGUGAAUGAAGCAAAUGUUUUAAUAGAAGCAGGGAAAGGACCAGAGUGUACAGCUAUAGCUGAUCCUAGAUAUUCGAUGUGCCAACUCGCCUUAAAAGGGUUGCCCAAUGAAAUUUAUGACAUAAAAUGGGAUUUAAUAAUGGUGGAUGCUCCAACAGGGUACUAUGAGGAUGCACCAGGGAGAAUGACUGCAAUAUAUACGGCAGGAAUGAUGGCAAGGAACAAAGAAAAUGGAGAAACUCAUGUGUUUGUGCAUGAUGUGAAUAGGAAUAUAGAGGACAAGUUUUCUAGGGAAUUCUUGUGUGAUGGAUAUAUGAAGAAACAAGUGGGGAGAUUAAGGCAUUUUACUAUCCCUAGUCAUAAGAGCAACUUAGAUAUGCCCUUUUGCCCUUAGAUUUUCUUGAAAAUACUUUCUUUCUCUUUCUUUAUUCGUUCCUUUUUGGGUGAUCGCGCUGAUACUCAUGAGGAUAUUGUUUCUUUAUUCAAAUACUGUCAUGUAUUUGUCAUCUAGGUGUAAACUUACACUUAAAGAAAUCCACUUAAGUUGUUGAAGAUUCGAUUA